GGACGACCCCGGAAGCGAGGUCCGCGAUAAAGAUGUUUCCCUUCUUUAAGAUCUUGAUGGACAAAAUAAAGCAGAUAUAAUUCACCUCUAGAAAAAUUAUUUAUACCCUGGCAUUUGAAAUGUUUUGUAUUUAGUGUCAUAGUAAAAAUGGAAAAAGGGAAAGUAAAUGAUGAUGGAAAACCAGACCCAGAAAAUUCUUUGGACUUUUCUGAACACUUUAACCAACUUGAAUUGUUGGAAACACAUGGACACCUUAUUCCCACUGGUACCCAAAGUCUCUGGAUAGGGAAUUCUGACGAAGACGAGGAGCAAGAUGAAAAAACCGAAGAGUGGUAUCAAUUGCAAGAAAAAAAGAUGGAAAAAGAUCCAAGCAAAUUGCUUCUUUGGGCUGCGGAAAAAAAUCGGCUUACCACAGUGCGGAGACUGCUGUCUGAAAAGGCCACUCACGUGAACACUAGAGAUGAAGAUGAAUAUACCCCUCUUCAUCGAGCAGCCUACAGCGGACACUUAGAGGUGGUGCGCGAGCUGAUCGCACAAGGGGCAGAUGUCCACGCGGUGACUGUGGAUGGCUGGACACCCCUGCACAGUGCUUGUAAGUGGAAUAAUACCAGAGUAGCUUCGUUCUUACUCCAGCACGACGCAGAUAUUAACGCCCAAACAAAAGGCCUCUUGACCCCCUUACAUCUCGCUGCUGGGAACAGGGACAGCAAAGAUACCCUGGAGCUCCUCCUGAUGAACCGCUACAUCAAACCGGGUCUGAAAAACAACUUGGAAGAAACGGCCUUUGAUAUUGCCAGGAGGACAAGUAUCUAUCACUACCUCUUUGAAAUUGUGGAUGGCUGCACAAAUUCUUCACCUCAGCCAUGACGGUUCUAAUAAUUUUCUUAAGUUUCCGAGUACCAGUGCCUCCUUUGUGUGAGAUAGGACAUAUCCCCAUGAUAGAAGGUUGACAUCAAAAGUUUUACGGUAGAACUCCAGUGGUACACAUUCAAAUGUCCUUCCAAGUGACAUGCCUAACGUUGAUGUCAAAAUGUAUUUGAAGGUUGUUUGGAUACAUCUUUACUGAUCUAUGUGGACUUUGUAAUUUUUAUCAGAAAUAAUUUUAACACACUUAUACUUAAAAACUUGUAACGGGUUGUACAGAAAACUAACGAUAUUUUUGGUGCUCAUCCAAGAGAAGUGUAUUUUUAAAUAUCCCCCAUCCUGGGUCUUUGUGGAGUAUUUAGUAUAUUGACAUGUAUUUUUAUAAGGUGAGGCAACUCAGAAUUCAAUUUAAAAAACUCAAGUAUACUGGUGCAGUGCAGCUGUCAUCUCCACAUCAUUAUGGCCAUUUGCUUUCAUUUUAAACCGUAAGAACUGACUUACUCGUGACUUGAAUUGUCAGAAGUUUAAGAAAACAUUGAAAGAGCUUAGAUCUUUGUCUUUUAGAGCAAAGUAGUUAGCUAAAGUGUUUAGUUAGCUAAAGUGUUUAGCUAAAGUGUUUAGUGAAUGUAAUAUACUGCCUCCGCUACCACAGUUCACACAAUCCUGUGGACGGUCCUACCUCACCCUGGUCAACCCACGUGAUCCUUCUUCCGUCGGUGAGUUGGCAUGACCUUUUACACAUGCACACAACUCUACCUUGGUCCAAGAGAUCAUAAUGUAUCUGCUCGCCAACUGGUUCUACCUGCCUAAUCCUGUUUGUUCAGGGCACUGCUCAGAUGGUCUCUCUAGUUCACAGGAAGUAUCGAUUUUUCCAAGGUCCUCCUUUUAUACAAAUCCUACAAAGGCAAAGAGACAAGGGAAAAGGAAUUCUAAGAGUGAAGGGAUGAUGAUUAUACUGGGGCUAGAUUAUAAGUGGCGCAAGCUUUAAAAAGCCACAGUGUGGAUGGUGACACGAGUAUAAAUAUGAAUAUUCAGAAAAAAAUAAAAGCUUGGAACAACAAA